AUGCCUCAUCCAUCGACUUAUGCGCCAGUUCGUCUUCCAACUCGUCCAUUCCACGAGCAACUUCUUGAUUCGAUCGAUAAAACAAUUGCCGAGGGCAAGAACAAAAUCGCAUUUGUGAGUUUAUUUUGAUUUUAAAACUUCGGGGGUUCAUAGAAAAUUUCAAGUUUUUCGUUCAAAAAAUGACUCGUGGCAAAAUCAGGAAUGGUUUCUAAUUUUGCCAUGGAUGACGUCAUCGGUCAAUUUUUCAAGAAAAACUUAUGGAAUCUCUUUUUUUGUUUGGGAUGUACUUCUGACAUUUUCCUCUUGAAAUUUGCAUUGCUUCAGAAGACUUUUAGUUGUAGAAAAAUAGUGGUCUGCAAAUCCAUUCCGUAAGAAAAACGGUCUGCAGAAAAAUAUCUGUGAAGAGCAGUCUGCAAAUAGCGGUCUGCAACCAACGGUCUGCAAAUUGUGUUUUGCAACCAACGGUCUGCAUUUAACGGUCUGCAUUUAACGGUCGUCAACCAACGGUCUGCUUUUAACGGUCUGCAUUUAACGGUCUGCAUUUAACGGUCUGCAUUUAACGGUCUGCAAUUAACGGUCUGCGUUCUCGAAAGAUUUUAAGAACAAGAAUUACAAUCAAUCCAGUUCUGAUCAUCCGAUUCAGAGGUUUGAACAUCGCGCCAACAAAUUCUAAUUUUUUCAGAUCAGUGGAGACAAUGCCAAAUUUACACUUUCAUAUGAGCAAUUGAGAAAAGAUGCCUACGCGGUUGCCACGUAUUUACAUAACAUUGGAUUCAAAAAAGAUGUGGCCGCUGUUGUUUUGCCAAAUGUUUUCCAUUAUGCCACUUUUUAUAUUGGAGUUUCUUUGAGCGGUGGAGCUAUUUCUGGAGCCAGUGCUCUUUUUACUGAUUGUGAGUUUUUCUAGAACGAAGUGUUCUGGUUCACAUCAAUAAAAUCAAAUUAAAUUACAUAAUUUUUCAGACGAACUCCAACGUCAAUUCGUGGAUUCUCGCGCCAAAGUUGUUCUAACUUAUGAAGAUUUUCUUCCAAAAGUAUUGCUCGCAGUCAAACAAUCACCAACAGUUCAAAAAAUCAUUGUGAUCCCAAAUCCAAUCAAAUCAUCACUUCCUGAUUCAGUUGUCUCUUGGCAAGAAGUUGUCUCGACAAAAGUGACAACACUUCCACAAGUCACAAUUGAUGUUCAUAAUGAUAUGAUGGUUUUGCCGUAUUCGAGUGGAACAACUGGGCCACCAAAAGGUGUUAUGUUGUCACAUUAUAAUUUUUCGAGUAUGAUGAGCAUGUAUCUUUCGUUAGUUUUUGAAUUUUAUUUUCAUUUAAAAAGCGAAACCAUUUCCGAAUAAUGUUUUUAUAGAAGUGAAAAAGAGAAUAAUUUGGAUGUUUUGGAUCCAAAUUGGGAUACAAACAAAGAGAAAACUCUUUUAUUCUUGCCAUUUUAUCAUGUUUAUGGAUUUGGUUUAUUGAAUCAUUGUAUUAUGAAAGGAAUGACUGGAAUUGUUAUGAGCCAUUUCGAACCAAACAAUUUCCUCACCGCUGUUCAAAACUACAAAAUUCGAAUUCUUUGUCUAGUUCCACCAAUCAUGGUUUUCCUUGCAAAACAUCCAAUUUGCGCAAAAUAUGAUCUCUCUUCAGUUCAAAUGAUUAUGGCUGGAGCUGCGCCAGCUGGAAAAGAUCUCAUUGAGGAACUUAUGAAAAAAUAUCCAAAUUUGAGACAUAUUCAACAAGGAUAUGGUAUGACGGAAUGUUCGAUGGCUAGUCAUUUACCUGAUUUGAGAAAUCAACAACCUUAUGGAAGUGUUGGAAAAUUGGCACCAAAUUUGGUUAUGAAAAUUGUUGAGCCAGGAACUGAUAAAGAGCAACCAGUAAAUGAAAGAGGAGAGAUCUGUGUUCGUGGGCCAACUGUUAUGAUGGGAUAUUUGGGAAGACCUGAAGCUACAGCAAGUACAAUUAUUGAUGGAUGGUUGCAUACUGGAGAUAUUGGAUAUAUUUCACAAGAAGGAAAUUUAUUCAUUGUUGACAGACUGAAAGAACUCAUUAAAGUCAAAGGAUUACAAGUUCCACCAGCUGAACUCGAAGAUCUUCUUCUCUCUCAUCCAAAAAUUCGCGAUUGCGCUGUUAUUGGAGUUCCAGAUGCGAAAGCUGGAGAAUUACCAAAAGCAUUUGUUGUUCGAGCUGAUGAUUCAUUGAGUGAACAGGAAGUUAAAGAUUUUGUAAAACGUAUGUUUCAUUAAACUUUCCGUUAUUAUGAUUGAAGUAACAUAUUUUUUAAUUUUUUAAUUUUCAGCAAAAGUUUCGUCUUACAAACAACUCGAAGGAGGUGUCGAAUUCAUUGAAGAAAUUCCAAAAUCUGCGGCUGGAAAAAUCCUUCGCCGUUUCUUGAGAGAACGAUCAACUGCUAAACUUUAA